CAGCUGGUUUGAGUGACAGGCUGCCCCGAGGCGCGGAGGCCGGAAUGGCUGGUCCGCGCUGGCCGGUCGCUCUUGGUGCAAUACGUGCGUGUUAUGAGCGAGUAUCCAGUGCGCGUGGCUAAGCUAAAGCCGGGACGGGGAGUGGCGUCCGCUACUAGCCAGCGACCGGCCGAAACCGAAAUCCCGCAUAGGCGCGGCGCGCUCUCAAAACCGGAGAGGCCAGUGUUCCCGAAGGGCGCAGUAAGUACGCGUUGCCGCAGCCAGCCAGCCGCGCUCGGGCCCCGCCAGACAGGAACCGAACGAGGGAGAAGCGAGCAAGGCAGCAACAAACGCACAAGCAAAAAUGCAAGCGCGCAGCAAGCAAACAAAAACGUGUCCGGCCCUCCCCUGCGCCCGCGAGAUGAAUUCGGCCCGCCGUGCGCAUGCGCGCGGGACGCGAAAGCAGACUUAAAAAGCAUCAAUAUGGCGGCCUGUUCAACGGCAGGUGUGAGAAGUGUCGGCCUUAACUCGGGAAUAGCCAUGAAGGACUGCUACUCGCAAAUUAAAGGAGGCGAGAAAAUAUGCAGCGGAGAUGCCAACUGCCCGUUUAUCAACGGCAACGAUUCGGGCCAGGGCGAGGAGCGAUGGCUACAGUCCCUCCGCCAGUUCCACAGCGGGCGGAAUCUCCAAAUGGUUCAUCUUUCGCCGUCAGUCACCGAAAAGGAUAUCAUUGAUUUCUUCCAACAAACCGGGACCCUGGUGAAGAAGGUAGAAAUAAACAGGAGGACGCACAUAGCGCGCAUGAAAGUGGACAGCUCGUACGAGUUUGACCCGCUGAUCCGGCCUUGGAACUUCCCGCGCACCCUGCUGGGCACGGACGCCAAGCUGAAGAUGGGCAGCAGCGACAGCUUCCUGUGCGUGACCAACUUGCCCACCAACUGGACGGUGAAACAGUUCCAGGAGCUGUGCGAGAAGUUUGGGCCUGUGGUGCGCUGCUUCCUCAUCUACCAUCACGCCACGGACGAGAGCCUGGGCUUCGGCCUGGUCGAGUACUGCAGCCGCGCCGUCGCCUGCCAGGCCAAGAACCUGCUGCACAAGAAGCAGGUGGCCCAGGGGGAGAUCCACUGCGACUGGCUCGAGCACAACCUGGUGAACUACGCGGACCUGUAUCCGCGCUGCCUGUACGUGGGCAACCUGCCCACAACCUUCUGCGACAUCUAUGCCUUCAGGCAGCUUUUCACGACCGUGGCCAGCCCCACCUACUGCCAGCUGUCCAUCGUAAACGGCGUACCACAAGGCUUCGGCGUAGUGGAAUUCCGUCUGCACGAGGACGCUCGCAAGACCAAGGAGCUGCUCCACGGCCACUGCCUCAACGGCAACCGCCUCAACAUCCUUUUCACCUCCCCUGGCGUGAGCGCCUACAAGCUUUACAAUCGCAUUAUCGAAGAACAGGCUAAGAAGCUGGAAAAGAACAAUGGUAUCAUUCAGACGCCUCAACUCUCGCCCGCUCUGCUCGCUCAAUUCUCGGUCGUGCAGAACUCAAAGGUGGCAAAGACGUUCCAGAAGGCCAUCAACCUCAAGGGCAAAGGGAAGAACGCGUCUCAGGUUUCGACGACUGCGGCGAGUAACCACGCACUCAUAGCACUUCAGAACUUCUUCAACCAGCAGAUUUGCACUCAACAGGCCCUGCCCCAUGCUGUGUUGAUGCAGGGCCAGAUGGCGCUUGGCCUGCCGGCGCCCCCGUCCGAGGCCGGCCAAUACGAGGGCCAGCAGCCCGGCUCGGCAGCCUCGAGCAGCAGCAGUGGCAGCGGGGAGGAGAAGGCCAAGCAGGCGGCGGAAGACGGCGGCUCGCCCGAGGAGCGCCACAAGCGCAAGGGCGAGCCCGUCUACCAGCCCCAGUGUCCACUUAAUUAUUCCACCAUGGAUAAUUCUAGUAAGCACCCCAGCUGGGCCUUUGAGGCAGGCGCCUGCCAGCAGCAGCAGCGCCAGGGAACGUACCCACCCCAGCCACAGCAGCAGCAGCAACAGCAGCAGCAGCAGGUCGAGGCCAACAACGAAGCCAUCAACAUGUCGAGCGAGAGCCGCGACCAGCAGAGCCCCCCGGGGGCAUCUUGCAGCUGGCAGUCGGCGUGGGCGGCGGGAGGACAGCAGUCUCAGGAGCAGUCGGGUCAACCCAUCAUGCAGCAGGGGUCCUCCUAUGACAAGCAGGAAUCCGAUAUGUCCCCAUCAGACCGUAAGCGCAAGGUGCACCAGCUGAUGCCGUCGCCCGAGCCGUCACCCGAGCAUGGCUACAUUGGCCAGCACUCGCAGGCGCUCGGUGGCCACUAUGCCGACUCGUACUUCCGCUACAAGAAGAUGAAGGUGGGCACUUAAGGCCCGCCCACCUCCCCCCCUCAAGCCCCGCGCCUCCUCUCUAUCGCCCCCUCCAACAACGCCACCGGCCUCGGCACACCCGGCUGUGGCAAAUGGCAGCUCUGCUGAGGAGUUCCAUUUCGACCAGGAGACGACGAGCAAAAUCUGAGCAACGCAAGUUAGUUUCGGUUCCGAAUUUUAUUUUAUGAUAUUUUUCGGUUCCUGCGAGCAUUGGUCCGAUUUGCCUUGGGAAAGAAGAAAAACGAAGCAGCUUUAAUCCAGGCUGUUCUCUGAGGGAACUUCCUUAUCCUGUCUGUCGUUGAGACCCUGCCACUCUGUUCGCUUCUGCCUUAGUUGCUUGUCAAUGGUGAUGCAUUGUCCAGAUGGCAAGGCUUUCCACUCCGCGGCUGAGUUGUUGGUUUCUGUCUCGUCCACGCUUCUCUCAUUUGCGUUCGUGCCCACACUUACGUUCCGUUUUUCAACAUUAAGCUUGCCUUGUUGAUACGCAGUAAUCUUCUGAUAUUCACCGCGCACUUCGAGCACGCCUGUUGCCUCCGGCAUUUCUCAGCAAGGCGGGAACUAGGGUGUGUUGGAGGGGGAACUGGGUUCGUAGCAGGGCAGGUCACGGUCCUAGCGGGUCUUGUGGUGGCGGGCAGGUCACCGGGAGGGGCGCGACGCACUGGUGUCGACGGAAUUUGUUGUCGACGCCAAUGACGACAGAACAAAGAUGAAAACAAUGCUCUUCCGCCUCCGGCUACCCCCCCUCCCCCUUUUUCUGCGAGCUCGCAGGCAACUCCCCAUUUUCCUGCCGGAAGGAACUUUAUAUACACACAUGCUAAAAACAAAAAUGCAUGGAGAGAGGCCACGCGCCGCAAGGCGCAUUCAGCGUCAUUGUAGUUGUCGCAAAGCAUUUGCGUUGGAAAACUGACGCAACAUGAGAAGAGACGUCAUCGACGGGCGGAUGCGCUUCCACCUGCCAGGCAGCAUUUGCAGCCUGAAGGUAGCGAUUUCCCAUUUUUCGCAAAGAAAGCUUUGGGAGGGAAAGCGUGCCCUGUUGCCUAGCUUUUCCUGGCGUUCGUUGGGUGAGGUCUUGGGGGCUUUUGCUU